AUGUCGGGUGCAUACGUCACAAGACAUGGCAUGUCCAAGGUUCGCUUCCAAUGGACCCCAAGCGGCAUAAAUGUCUACGUCCUUCAAGGAACCUUCUCUGGCCCAAAGGUCAAUAUGACCAAUAACCGUGUGGCCGGUAUCCUUGCUCUCCAGCAAGGCAAUAAUGAAGAGAUUCUAGCAUCAGCCUUCUCCGGUGGUGUGGGCCAUCCCAUUGGAGCCGAGAUGGUACUCGGCCCAGAUUGGAAUCAAAAGGUCCAGCACCUUGCGAAAAUCAUGGGCCUCCAGAUGGGCAGCCCCUUCGACGGCCCAGCCGGUCGAACUGUCCCAGGCCAGUGGCACUGCUCGCACAGCGAGAAGAAACUCGCGGCCUUUGCCGCAGCUACUCUGCUCUCUCUCAUCGGUCAGCUGCCGGCCGAGUUUGACAGCAUCACGCUGGAUCACCUCGCUGCGGUACGGGAGCACAAGUGGGCCCAUGGCGAGAGGCCUAAUCUACAAAUUCACAUCACACGCUCCCUUGCCAGCUGUGCCGAGGAGGAGGUCCUGGACUUGACCUUUGACACAGACAGGACCCCAGACAUCCCUUCACGCUUCCGCUCAGCCUUGGCUGACGCCAUGAACUGCACUGAGCCCGAAGUAGAAGUGAGCAUGGCUCCUGAGAUCCUCAGCAGUGCUCGUUGGGCCGAGGAAGUUACACCUCAAAUUCAAGCACCCGAUACCAGCAUUGAUAAGCCCUACUGGGUCGCCUAUGAGGAAAAGCUCAAGCGUGAGAACAAGUCCUGGUCCGCGCCCAGGUCCAAGGAGCCCUCCCUUGCCCCUAACUUUUCCUCGCCUGAGCCAGAAGAAAAUGGCAGUUCCGGGGCCGGGGACGCAACCGGUUACGAUACAGAUGUUAGUAUUGAGGUCAUCGGCAAGUCUCAAUUUUACUCACGCCCUUUGGCGAACCAGACCUCGCCUGAAUGGUCAUCAAGCUCUGGGAACGAUGACGACCUAGAUGAGCUUCACCCAGAUACCCCCAUCGCCUCAAUUGAGUCUGAGGAGUUGGAUACCUGGGUUGAAACCCAUAACACUGAUCAUCAUGACGAUUCGGACCUGAGCAGUGACUGGGCGAACCUGCCUACGCCCGACGCUGGUGCUGGUCCUGUUUCCGACGAUGCCCGCAAGCACAUUGCUGAGUACCAGUACACCGGUCCGAUCCUUCGGCGCCCAUCUCUGUACCCUAAGCCUCGUUCCAGCCCCAUCUUGUCAACUCCCUCCUGCGUCCGUAGGCUCAAUCAGAGGGCCAGCACGCCUUACCCACAAGGCAGCCGGAAAAGAGGACACUCCCUCUUCCGGGAGGAUAGCGACGGAUCUACUGACAUUGCCACUCCUCCAUCGAAGCAUCCACGAACGAACGACUACUCCGUCCGUGAAUUAGCGAGUGUCCCGGACGACGAGACCGAGGGCUUCGCUGACGAGAACCGAUCCCCAAUUGAGUCUUAUUACUGGAGCUUGGACGACUGA